GCAGAACAAGCCAGCAAAAUGACACCAGAAGAGCUGAAAUUUAGUUAUAAGGGAAUUCUGUACCCUACUGUUCUCUGCAGCAAGGAAACUUUUCAAGCAAUGGAGAAAUUAGAGGCUAGAGAAGAUGAUGUGCUAAUUCUAACCUAUCCAAAAUGUGGAACAAACUGGACCUUACAGAUACUACAAGAAAUGCUACUGGCAAUGCACAACAAAGAGCCGUCAAUGGAUAAAGGAAUGCUGGAAUUUGGAAAUCCAGAGAAGUAUGAGUAUCUGAAUCAAGAGCCAUCACCAAGACUUUUAGCAUCACAUAUUUCAUAUGAAAAUAUUCCUAACACCUUUUUUGAAAAGAAGACCAAGAUGUUACUUAUUCUUCGGAAUCCAAAAGAUACAGCUGUGUCUUACUACCAUUUCUCAAACAAGAAUCCCGUGCUUCCCACAUAUGAAUCUUGGGACUUAUUCUUCAAGGAUUAUAUAACUGGAAAUGUGAUCUAUGGAUCGUACUUUGAUUAUACUGUUCAGUGGGAGAAACAUAUCGAUAAUGGGAACAUCCUUGUACUUACAUUUGAAGAAAUGAAAAUGGACCUUCCGAAAGAGCUGAAAAAAAUAUGUGACUUCUAUGGCUUAGCUUUGACAGAUGAGCAAAUCGAGUUGGUACAGGAAAAAACUACUUUUUCGUCUAUGAAGGAGAAAUCCAGUAACACACAUGGAGAUCUUGGGAAUGUUUUCUUCCGAAAAGGAGAAAUAGGGGACUGGAAAAGUCUUUUUACUGAAGAACAGAGCAAAGAGGUGGAUGCACAGUUUGAAAAGUAUCUCGCUGGAACAAAAUUAGGAAAUAUGAUAAACUAUAAAAAAUACUGUACAUUUUAA